GAAUGAUUGCCCCCGCGCCACCGGUCGCGUUCGUGCCAUCGGAGGCAGCAUCGCGGACGUCGUGGGUUCUCUACUGCGGCUAUGUGCUACUGACGGCGCUCAGCGGUUGGUACUAUCUCCUGCUUGUGCGUCCGAGUCUCGCCAACGACCUUUUGUGGGCCGGCUUUUCGACGUCGGGCGCGCAGACGUUCCUCGGGGACCUCUUUCAGCGCCUCUUGCAGCAGAGCAGCACGGCAUCGAGCUCGCUCUUUGAUCCGACUUUGAGUGUGCGCAAAUCCUACGACGCUGCACCCACGUUUAUCGACACGACGGUGUCACUCGCGCGCACCGUGCUCUAUUCGCCGCUGUCGCUCGAGACGGCGCUGCCUGUCCUUCGCGCGACGCGCUUUGAUUGGAUGCUGCGCAUGUACUCGCAGUACUGCUACGUCGACUUGGCUCGGAUUUACGCUGUCUCGACAACGAUGGCACGCCAAGAACGGUGCGAUUCCAAGUACAAGAGCAACGCCGCGGUCUACUGGGAGCCGCUGUGGCGCAACGCCGUGCCACGCGACGUGCUUGACGGCGCGUAUGCUACGGCGCUCGAUGUUGCGAUCUUUGCAGCGCUCAACACGUCGGAGAAUGCCUGGUGGCAGUCGCUCUGGGCGCGCCCUCUUUUGUCGCCGAAGGACGAAGUCGCCUUGUGGCAAUCACAUGGCUUGACCUACUGGCAGACCCAAGUCAACAACUACUACGAGGUCGGGCUCACCGAGACGAUCGAGGUCGUCAAUGCCCUCGGCAUUGUCCAAGUUGUGACGAUCCACCAAGUGGCGAGGCACUUUCGCGGCUUGGCGCUCUGGACAAUGACCAACUCGUACAACGGCAUCUGGAACGACCUCUGGGAGUGCCUCGCCAUCAACUGCAGCCUCGUGCGUGGAGCGAGCGCCUAUUCCGACGACGUCAAAUUGCACUGGGAAACCGUCGAGUACGGUAUCGCGAAUGACACACCACUGCAAGUGGCCAUUCGCUCGUACAUGGGGCCCUUUGGCAGCAUAGAUAUCACGCUUCUUCCCAAGCCAAAGGCACUUGCAGAGUGUUUGGCGCAGUACAUGGCAAAUUGGGUAGGACGUAUUGUCCACAACACAUCGCUCGCAGCCUCAUUUGCCGAGUGGCCUUCUCCACGCGUGUCGCUGCUGCCAACCCCGUGGCGGGCACCCGGGCUCUCCUACUUUGGUGGCAACCCCAUGUGCCUUGGUAAUGCUCCACUGCCCUUUGCGCAAGACCAACUGGGCUUGUACGACUCGUGCUCUGCGCCGACACCAUUUUCCAUGGUCUUGGGCGCUGACGCCUUGCUCUUUGCCUCGGUGAUGUUUGGACCGACUGCUGACGCGAAUGGUAUCUGCGCUCACUGUGACGGCGCUGCGAGUCGCGAUAUAUGCCUCUCGGUGCUGACGAACGUCGCGUCCUGGCUGGACACCUCGGGCCUCCCCACAGCGUUUGCCAAUACCACGGCAACCGACAACGCGAUCCAGCGCCUUCAUUUGACGCUGGUGCAGUUUGCGUGGAAUGGGUCCGACGUCCGCUUCUUGACACAGCCUUGGGUAGAGUCCGGCCCCUGGCGAUUCUUUGGGUACCUAGCCCUCUUCGAUUGGAUGCGAGGCGACCGAGAAGGCUAUCAGUACGACAGUGACAACGGGUCGUUUGCGCUCUUGUCGCCAUCGGUGCCGCCGACGCCGCUGGCAGCGAAUCCCCUCGAGCUUCCCCAGCACGUAGCGUUGUACGUCUGGUACGUCCUUCUCUAUGUGACAAGCGUCCUCUCGGUCCUUGCACUUGCCGUGCUACUGGCAUCAACGAAAUCCAAGCGGCCGCGCCAGCUCCUGCACUUCAACCGCGUGGCGGGUCUGGUCUGGAUCGGCCGCCCGAUGUUGCUUCUGCGCAGCGCCACCGCGCUUGCGAUAUUGAGUACGUCGCCAAUGACGUUUGAAACGCGCGCGGGCGUCUCCCGCUUUGUCUUUACCCCGCGCUCGGUGCUCGAGACCAUGGUCUUGUCGGGCGAGGCAACGUGGGCCACCUAUGUGCUCGUCGACGUUCUCUUGCCAUUGACAAAGCGGGCGGCGCCGACGUAUGCGCCCCUCAGCAGCCUCGCGGCGUGGCUGCUCCUCGUCUUCUGGGACGUCUUGGCUCCGUUUCAAGCCACUUUGCACAUUGCCCAGAAGUGCGAUAUUUUGGAACUCGGCUUGUCGGCCACAUGCACCGGUGGCCGCAUCGAAGUGGGAAGCGCGACCCGCUUCUAUGACCUCUUGGCAGCCAACGUCCUCGCCGUGCUCUUGCCGGCGCUGUGGAUGCAUACGACCAAUGACGACCCUCGGAGCGAGCCUGGUCCGCUCGUGGCUGCGUCCGCCGAUGCGUUCGUUCAUGGUACCGCCGGGCACUUGGAUCCUGUGGGUGCGAUCAUGUCGGGACUGCUUCCGCUUCGGCGCGGCUUUGUCGACAUGAGUCUCUGGCUCCGCGUUGGCUUCCAUGCUGGGCCGCGAUUGCAGACGAAGCUGACGACCCGGCAUCUUCCACUCAAGGUGCCACAUCGCCUUGUGCUCAAAGCCAGUGCUGGGUUCCUCUACGUUGUGUUUUCCGUCGUCGGCAGCUGCAGCUACAUUUACGUCUCCGAGACCGCGCUCGCCAACGAUCUCUGGUGGGCGGGCUUCAACGCGACGGGGCACCAGACGCUGCUCGCAAACUGGUUUGUCCAACAGCUUCAAGUGACCAAUUCGGUCGCGGGCGUCGACCUCACGGAGAGUCGAUACCGCGACAACGCCAACCGCUACAACCUCACGGAUACAACAACCGUAGUCUCCAACUUGUACGCCAGCAUGCUCCAAAGCGAAGUCAACAGCCUGCCGGCUGUCGUGCGGGGUCUUCGCCACAUGGAGAGCAGUGACGCGCCGUGGAUCGCAACAAGCUACUGCUUUCUUGACCUCAGCCGGUCGUGGACCAUGGCCGUCUCGUCGACGCGCCAGGCGCAGUGCAAUGCCUCGAAUGGCGCUGUCUACUUCGAGCCGCUACUGCGCAAUGUGGCCUUCUCGCACGCGUGGUGGUAUCCCGGCUUUGUCAUCGGGAUCGAAGCGCACCUUUUGACGAGUGCAUCCGGUCGCGACUGGCUCGCAACGCUCGGCGCACCGCGCCUUUCAAUCGACGGUGAAGUGAGCUAUUGGCGCCAGCACGGCGUUCGAGCGUACGAGACUCAGUGGCAAAACUACAAGCAACUCGGUGUGUUUGAAUCGUUUGCGAUCGCAACGGCGCUGAACUCGCGCUAUGCCAUCUCGCUGCGUGCGUCGAACGCGUCCCUCCACACGGCCAAGCAAACGUCCUUCAAAAUGCAGUGGCCGCUCGCGAGCUACCUCUGGGCGGUGACGGCCAACGUCUCGGGCAUUGGAGGCUCGAGUCUUCUACGAGAGAGUGCGAUGUUUGCCUUUGGCAACACAACCAUCGCGUCCGUGCUCACGCGCAAUUUGACGCUCGUGGCGCCACUCGACCCGGCGCUGGCAGCCCUGGAAGCCGCGGUGGGGCCCUUUGGCACCAUUGAUUUGCGCCGAGUCGCCUUUCCAAUCGCGCUGCAAACGUGGUAUGUGGAGGUUCGAGCAGCCAUCGUGACGAGCCUCGCCACCGCCAGCGUUGACGCACGUACCGCAUUUGCUCAGAUUGCCCCGUCGGUCUCGCUCUUCCCGCGACCGACCGAGUGGGCGACUUUGGAGUCUGUCGGCGGCGACCUCAUGUGCCAAAGGCAGAGCACAUCGGCGACGUUCGUGCUGCAGUUCUUCUCCAACGCCGGUGUCUGUUCGAGCAACAACCAAGACUCGAUCGUCUUUGAUGCGAUAAGCGCGACGCAAUCGCUGGUCUCCACCGACAAACUCAACGCGACGGCCGCGUGCGACCAUAUGUGGGGGUCAUCGUCUGCGUGUUUGAGCCUCCUUGUCUCGACUACGCAGCUGCUACAAGUGCUACUACUGCCACACAACGAGACACUCCAGUCCUUGGUCACCGCGGUCUACGAUGACGACACGGUGCAGCAAUUGCGCCUCGUCCAGUACAUGCAAGACGCCAAUAGCUCUUCGAUCCUGCUCCAGCAAUCCCCGCUGUUUCCAGAGCACGACCCUUCCUUCCACGUGUUUGGGUUCCUCUACCUCCUCGAAUGGCUGCGUGGCGUACGCGAAGUCGUGUCGUUUGAGGGCAGCCACGGCCGAAUCGUCACGCUCUCGGCCGGGAAUCCCGUGCUUGUCGGGCCCGUCAACGCGCUCGAAGUGCCCACAAACGUUGCAAAAUACGCGCGCUACGUCCUCUUGUACGUCACCAGCGUCCUCGUGCUCGUGGCGCUUCUCACGGGCGGGCAUGUGCUCUGGAGCCGCGGCUGCGUCCACGGCUUCAACCUCUUUGCCAUCAACCGCGUCACCGGUCUUGUCUGGAUCGGCCGGCCGCUGCUGCUCUUGCGCAGCGUCUCGGCGCUCUGCCUCCUCUCGACGGCGCGGCUCGACGUUGAGAGUGAUCAUCUCGGGUUCUACUUUUUUCGCGCUUUGCAGCCGAGCUGGCCCGCGACGAUCAUGGCUGGCGGCGAAGCCACGUGGGUCGUCUUCCUCCUCAACGACCUAGCGUCGCUCUACACGCGCGAGUACACGCCACUGUAUGCUGGUCCGAGCAGCCUCCUCGUGUGGGCGAGCGUCGCGGUAUGGAGCCUCGUAUCGCCCGUGACGCACGCCGCUGCGAUCGACCGCCGCUGCGACGUACCCGCCGUCGACGCGCAGCUCGUGUGCGAAAGCGGUGUCGUCGCGAUCGGCAGUGCAGCGCGGUUUUUCGGGCUCUUUGGGGUCACGAAUGGCCUCAUUCUUGGCACGUAUCUGCUCCAGCGUAUGCGGUGUCGGGAGGUGCCACCGCCAUCGAUCCAGUCGCAGCUGCUCUAUGCGUCGGCCCACUACCACUUUAACGCCGCCCAAUGGCUCGAAGGCGACAUCUACUACCUCGACUCGGCGUCGGCCACGAUCGCGGGCCUCCUCAGUGUGCGCUAUCGCGACGCGCUCUAUGUGCUCGAUAUUAAAAAGUGGCGCCUCCACGUGCUUCCACCACCGACCUGCACCGACCACCGCGCGCGUGCACUGCCCUUGCCGCUUGCAGACACCUAGGAUACCCUCACCUGAGAUAACUUUAAAUGCUUUGUUGUUUAUUUUU